AUGGUUGGCUUCCAAGCUUGCCAACAAAACUCAAGCAGUGGAUUGUUGUUACUAGCUGUCACUGCUGCCUAUUUAAUUCUUUUAAUUAACGGCGAACGUCUUUUACGAACAGGGACAGCUCCAAGUCUUGGGAACCGAAAGAGCAGUACAGUCGAUGAUGAUGUCUACGUGAACGUAUGGCAUAUUUCCUUGAAGCCCAUCACCAAUCCAAUCAAAGCAUAUUUGGGUCAAUGGAACAAUACGGUCGAAGAACGGCCAUGGAGUCAAUAUCCACCUUAUUUUUUUGACCCGGCUGUUUUGAUGCCCGGCAAUACGAUUCUUUCUUUACUGGCUGCAUGUCAAACGACACCCAUGAUGCCAUUUGAUGAUGUUUAUUUAACUGGCAUGUGCACUGAAAAAGCUGGCAUUACAGUCUUAAAGUCUUUCAAUUCUACCAGCGUCCUGGCGAUCGGAUUGCCCGGCAUUCCCACUGCGUGUCACGUCCAUCACUACAUCGCAUGGACGGCAGUGUCUGCUAAUCACAUGAAUAAUUCUCACGUAGCUACCAACGAUUUCUAUGGCAAUGAAACGCAAUGCAUUCUUCACGAUGCGUCUAGCGGGACCAAUAGAACCGUCGAUUCAACUGAAUUCGUCCAUUUUUAUUUCCAUUAG